UUCGUGUGUCAAUCGAAGCAGCCGCUGGUCGCGAAAUUUCGUUGCCGGCAAUUAUUUUCACGUUUUGUCCUGUUUUUGUGCAAGUUGUUCAAGUCAGUAGAGUUGUCGAACGGUAAAUUUUUGAAGGGCGACGAAAAUGUCCACAAUUUGCAAGCUGGAAAUUCGCGGAAUCCGCAGCUUCGGCGUCGAAAGCGAGGAUGUUCAGAAAAUUAAAUUCCAAUCUCCGCUGACCCUGAUCGUGGGUCAAAACGGUUGCGGCAAAACCACCAUCAUCGAGUGCCUCAAGUACGGCCUCACCGGCGAGGUCCCGCCGGGAACCGAUCGCGGCAAGGCGUUCGUGCACGACCCGAAGAUCUUCAACACCGUCGAAUCGCUCGGCCAGGUCAAGCUGAUGGUGAAGGACUUCACGGGGAACCGCGUGACGGCGACCCGCUCGAUGAAGGUCUCCCACAAGGGCAACACCAAGCUGCCCAAGUUCGAGACGCUGGAUUCGGCCGUUACGAUCGAGGACGGUGCGACAGGGGAGAAGAAGACGCUGUCAAGGCCGCGCGUCGCGGACAUUAACAACGACAUGGCGGACGCGAUGGGAGUUUCGAAGGCGAUUAUCAACAACGUUAUCUUCUGCCACCAGGAGGACUCGAACUGGCCGCUGGAGGAGCCGAAGGAGUUGAAGAAGAAGUUUGAUGCUAUUUUCGAGACGACCGAGUACAAUAAGGUGAUUGAGAAGCUGAUCAAGAUCUCGAAGGAGUACAACGACCGGCAGAAGGAGAAGGCGGGGGAUUUGAAGUUGCUGGAGAAUAUUAAGAGUCAGGCGGAGAUGAAGCAGCUGCAGGCGGAGAAGGCCGAACGGAAGAAGGGCGAGAUGCGGAAGGAGGUGGACGGGUUGGAAGGGUCGCUGAAGCCGAUUCAUGAGCGUAUGGAGCAGAUUGCGCGGAUCGAGCGGGAUUAUUCGAAGCUGAAGCAGCAGGAAAUUGAGUUUAAGUCGAAAAUCCACACCAAAGAGGACCAACAGAGCAACCUUCGCUCGAAGAUUCGCACCCUGUUCAGCGGCUCGCUGGCCGAGCUGGAGCAGGAGAUUCGUUCGUUCCAGGCGUCGAUGGGCGGCAAGCGGUCGGAGUUGCGCGACGCCGAAUCGGAUCUCGCCUCGCGCAAAUCCCAGGAAAAGUCGCUCCAAUCCAAGCUUCAGGAGAUGGAGUCCCGCCGGGUUCAUCUGAUUGCGAAACGUCAGCAGGAGCAGGACUUGGGCGGCGAUCGGGCGGGGAAGAUUGUGGAGCUUUGUGGGCGGUUGAAGCUGCCGGCGAGCGGGGAUUACGAGGGUUCAACGGUUGACGUGGAGUCGGCGCUGGCGGCCAUCAAGCACGGCAUUCGGUCGGAGGAGUCGCAGGUGCAGGCGAUGGCCAAGGGGCACGACGAGGCGGACCAGGCGGCGCAGAAGGCGAUCGAUCGGCUGCGGGAGGACAAAGCGAAGCUGGAGUCGGACGUGCGCAUGAAGGGCCAGAUGGUGGCGGAUUUCGCACAGGAAAAGGCCAAGACGCAGACGGAGAUUGCGGCGAUCGAGCGUUCGGCGGAGACGCUGAAGAAGAUCGUCGGGGAGAUUGAGAAGUUGGAGCGGGAGUACGAGACGCAGAAGGCGAACACGAACGUGGACGGGAUGAAGCGAACGCUGGUGGAGAAGAAGGCCAAACGGGAGGAGCUGCAGGUCAAGUUGGACAAGGUUGAGGAGCAGAUUUCGGCGCUGGACGCGAUCGCGGCCAAGGCGACCGAGUUGGGAUUGAAGGAGCAGCAGCUGAACGGAAGGGAGGCCGAGUUCCGGCGCGUUCGCAACAAGCACUCGGACAAUCUGAAGCGACUCUUCCCCAGCAAGACCAUCGAGAGCAACUUCAAGCGAGCGGUUCAGGACCUGUACGAUGGCCUGCAGCGGCAGAUCAAACAGCUGAACGAGUCAACGCGUGCCGCGCAAGCGAUCGUCACGGAGAUGGAAACGACGCGGCGUUCGCAGAAGCGUGACCUGGACCGGCUCGAGCGAGAGCUGACCGAGAACCGGGAGAAGAUCUACGCCGCCUGCCAGGGUCAACCGUACGAGGAAGUGCUGUCCAAGCUGAAGGAGAAGAUCACCCGGAACAACCUGGAGCACGGCGAGCAGCGUUCCGCGGAGAUUCUAUACCGGAAGUACAUCUCACGCAUCGAGGACGACAGCUGCUGUCCGUUGUGCCACAAGGAGAUGGCCGGCUCGGACGCGCAGGACAUCAGCACGGAGCUGUCCGACGAGAUCCGGCGGCUGCCGGAGAAGAUUGAGAUGUUAGAGAAGCAGCUGAAGACGGAUCAGACGCGCUACGAUCGUCUGCUAGCCCUCCAACCGUACUCGGAGCGGGUCGAAAAACAGACGAUCGAGAUUCCCAAGCUCAAGCAGCAACUUCAGGAAACGGAACAACGUCUCACCCAGGCGUCCUCCGACCUUGAGGAGUACCAAAUGGCCGUUCUCGAGCCGAACUCGAGCGUUGCGCUGAUCAACUCGAUCCUCGGCGACAUGAGCAUUCUGGACGAGUCGGCCCGCGACCUGGACCGGAUGCGCAAGGGCGUGGCCGAGCUGCGCCAGGAGUUGGCGGACAAAACCCCAGGCGGCGGUUCCGCGGUUCCCCUAGACGACAUGAAGCUGGAGCGGGAAGUGCUGCGGGGAGAGCUGCGUGCCGAGCGGAACUCGAUCGACGAGAUGCAGAACCGAAUCGACUCGGAGACGGAACGGCUCAACGGACUGCACCAGCGCUUCAACCAGAUGAAGGAGAAGAAGAUCCAGCUGCAGGAGUCGGUGCAGUCGCUGGACACGAAGAAGGCGAAGGAAGUCGAGUUGGGCGAGAAGAUUGUGGCCUGCAAGAGCGAGAUGGAAGAUGCGGAACGCCGGCUGGGACCGGUUCGGGCGAGUCUGGCCAAGGAGGAAGAGGCCAAGUUGAAGGCCAAAGGCGAGAAUCGCGUCAAGCUGGGCAAAGCUCAGUCCGAGUUGGAGGGCCUGAAACGAAUGGAGGGCGAGAUUAUUCGACUCGGACGGGAGUUGGAUCAACUCGCCAGGUUGAACCUCACAGACGAAAUCGCCAAAAUGAAGCGCAAGCUGCUGGAAGUCACCGACGACAUCAAGAAGGUCGCCGCGAGCAUCGAAGAAAAAUCCACCAAAAUCGACACCCUCAAAAAGGAAAUCUCCAACCAAGACCUCAUCGAGCGUGACUUCCUCGACAAUCGCGACCUGAAGAAACUCACCGCAGAAACCCAAAUCCUCCAAGAAAAGCUCGACACCCUGCUCCGCAGCAUCGGCGAUCUGGACGCCCCGAACGUGGUCCAAGAACGCAACAAACUGCUCGAGCAGCGCGACUCCAUCCAAGCCAAACGCAGCGAAAUCACCGGCCAAAUCGCCGAACUCGAGAACCAACUCAAAGCCCUCCGCAAAGAGCUCGACCGGCCCGAGUUCCGCAACGCCGUCGCCAACUUCCACAAAACGUUCGCCGAAUCGGUCGUCCUGAAGAAAAUCAUCUCCGACAUCCUCAAGUACCGCAACGCGCUCGAGUGGGCCCUCAUGAAGUACCACGCGGAAAAGAUGGAGCAAAUCAACCGCUCGAUCUACUCGCUCUGGCGGGACAUUUACCGCGGCAACGACAUCGACUACAUCCGCAUCAAAACGGAGGACGAGUCGCGCGAAACGAAGGCCGUCGAAAAACGGCGCCAGUACAACUACCGGGUCGUGCAGGCGAAAAACGACGUCGAGAUCGACAUGCGGGGGCGGUGCAGUGCCGGCCAGAAGGUGCUCGCGUCGCUCAUCAUCCGGAUGGCGCUGGCCGAGACGUUCAGCAACAACUGUGGCGUGAUGGCGCUGGACGAGCCGACGACCAAUCUGGACCGGGAGAACAUUGCGUCGUUGUGUGAGAGCUUGCGGCGGAUCGUGACGGAGCGGGAGGGCGGGAAUUUCCUGCUCAUUAUCAUCACCCACGACGAGGAGUUUGUGACCAAGCUGGAGAAGUUUGAUACAUACUACCGGAUUGCGCGGGAUAACAACGGCAAGUCGUUCAUCAAGGAGGAGCAGUUAUAAUUUCUGGUUUAAGCAGUGUUCCUUUGUAAUGUUGUUAUUGCUUUGUUAACCUUAUUAAUUUCAUUAAACAUUCCCACUGUUGUAACUCAAAAUCCU